AUGUAUACACUCAGCUCAUGGCUGCUGCUCACAGGAGCUGUGGCUGCCCGUGUUUGCGAAAAUAGGACUAUCGAUAUUACAGUAUCAGCACAAAACGCGGUGUUCAACAACCUUACUACGCCAAAGACAAACGAGGAAGCGACAGGCUUCGCUGCUUUAACCGGCUAUGCAUCUAUCACUGGCCCAUAUAAACUUUCGACUCAAUACUGUUCGCCGAACGGACGCACCUCUGGUCCAGCACCCGUGCUGCAGAUUCUGACCCAUGGGUUCGGAUACGACAAAGUAUAUUGGGACCUGCCUUACAAUGCCUACAACUAUUCUUAUAUCGACGAUGCUCUCUCACUCGGGUACGCCACGCUCUCAUAUGACCGACUGGGCAUCGGAAACUCUUCUCAUGGAGACGCCAAAAGCGAGAUCCAAACGCCUCUAGAGGUAGCUGCCCUGGCUCAAUUGAUAGACAUGGUCCGGAAUGGCUCCUAUCCUGGGAUCAUAGUACCUCGCAAGGUCAUUCUCAUUGGACACUCAUACGGCUCCGUUCAGACAUACGAUCUCACCGCAACGGAUCCUAGCAGCGCAGACGCAAUAGUCCUGACGGGAUUCUCGCUCAACCAGACAUUCUCCCCUUCCUUCAUCGCCGGAGGUAACUGGCAACAAGCGUAUCUGACCCAAAAGAGCGCAUAUAACUAUACUCCAGGGUAUUUAGCCAGCGGAAACAUCAACGCGGAUCAGUACCUCUUUUGCCAUUGGCCCGAAUUCGAUCCCAGCCUUCUAGCAUAUGUCGAAACCAUCAAACAGCCUGUCACGGUUGGAGAGCUUUUGACGAUUGGGAGUGUCCCGGCGCAGAACCCCUUCGCGGGCCCAGUGCUGCUAAUUUCCGGAUCAAACGAUGUCCCCUUUUGCGGAGGGGAUUGCUACAAUACAGGGGGCGGUGCACCGUCAAUCCCAUCCGAUGCAGCCAAGGCGUUUCCUAACGCGAGGCCUUUUGAAGCCUUCGUCCAGCCCAAUACAGGCCAUGCGAUUAACCUUCAUUACACCGCGAAGGAGGCGUAUAAUUUUAUGUUCGUGUUUCUGGCGACAAACGGUCUGGGGCCAUGA